AUGCAGGAGCCGGCGGCCAAGGCCGUCGAUCUGGAGGAGACCACCCUGCAAGACGAGCGCAUGCUGCGCAUGAAGGCGGAGGCGGACGCCGCCGACCGCGCCCAGCGGCUGCGCGUGUACGCUGAGCAGCUCGCCGAGUUUGCGGCGGACAAAUCCAGCUCGGCCGACGCGCUGCUGCAGCAGGCCGCCGCGCUCAGCGAGUCGCUGCAGCUCCUGCUAGCUCAGGACCCCUCGGCCAACGGCGGCGGCGUCGGGGGCGGCGCAGCACCGGCGCCGCCGGCGCCCGCCGCAGCGAUCGUUGAGCAGAUGCAGCGGCUGCGGCUGCAGCUUGAGCAGGCGGCUCUGGAGGCGCGGCACUUUGCAGACCAGCAGAGGGCCGACGCGGAGCGCUCCAAGCGGUCGUCGCAGCAGGCCGAGCUUAUGGCGGUCGACAGCGACAUCGAGAGCAAGCGCCUCAAGGAGGACGACGCGGGCGCCCCCAGCAGCAGCAGCCGCCGCAGCAGCGCCGACGGCAGCGCCGGCGACGCCAACGGCGGCGACGGCGGCCCGGCGGCCGCCGCUGCGGCAGGGGCGGGGGCAGGCCUGCAGCCGCGCUCGUCGCUCGAGCAGGCGGCGGCCGCAGCGGCGCUGGCGGGCGUGGGCGUGGGCGGCGCGGGCGCGGGGAUGCGGGAGCGGUGCCGUUUCAUCCCGCUGCGGCUCAAGCUCGACGAGCGGCGGCUGCUGCGGCUGCUUGAGGCGGCGCUCAACGUAUCUGAAUACACGGACAAGGUGGACGUGCUGACGUGGCGCAGCAAGAGCGCGCGCGUGACCGCCCAGAUCCGGGACCUGUGCGCCAUCCUGAGCGGCCUGGUGGUGGCGCAGGACUACAAGCGGGGGCAGCAGCUGGUGGCGGACCGAGAGUUUGGGGACAACGCGGAGUUCUUCCAGGACGUGUUUGAGAUCGGGCGGCGCUACAAGGUGAUGAACCCCGACAAGAUGAGGGGCGAGUACGGCAAGCUCAUGUACCUGUGA